AUUCGUAUAUUCAAAAUAACUGAAAACCAUCAAAUGCAUCGCGAGACAAACAAAAAUUUAUUUCUUUAUAUUUUCCUAUAAAUUUAUUACACAAAUUAAUUAAACAAAAAAAAAAUGAUGAGAAAUACAGCAAGAACACCAAUUCGUGUCCCAAGAACGCCACAAAUUCGUCCGCAUUCCUCCGAAAAACAAAAAGACCCUGUAAAUGUAUUCUGCCGAGUACGACCACUUCAAUCUGAUGCUGAUUUAUCAUGCAUUCGUGUCAAAAAUCCAACAACCAUUGUCCUAACUCCACCCGAAUUCGCUUUAAAUCACAAACAAACAACUCAAAAAGAAACCCAAUACAUUUUCAAACAUGUAUUCGAACAGACUUCAUCGCAACGCGAUGUCUUCCAAGGAGUCGCUCAGCCACUCGUCGAGAAUCUGAUUCGUGGUAAGAAUAGUUUGUUGUUUACUUACGGGGUAACGGGAAGUGGAAAAACAUACACAAUGACGGGAGACACUCGUCAGCGUGGAAUAAUGCCACGUUGCUUGGAUACAUUAUUCCGGACUAUAUCAGACUUUCAAGCGAAAAAGUAUAUCUUCAAACCGGAUCGUUUGAAUGGGUUUGAAAUAUUGUCGGAUGCCGAUGCAAUGUUGGAGAGAGCUGCCGAAAUGAAUAUGCGAUUUGCCAAAGGCAAACGCAAAGAUUCUGAUCCGGAAAUUGCAUCGCAAGCUUCCACGGAACCAAGGCCAUUGAAUGGAUUGGAUGAAGACAAUAUGUUUGCUGUGUUUGUGACUUAUAUUGAAGUUUAUAAUAAUAGCGUUUAUGAUUUGUUGGAUGAAGGAGGAAUUCAAAAGACAUUGCAGAGUAAAAUUAUCCGCGAAGAUGCCAAUCACAAUAUGUUUGUCCAUGGAGUAACUGAAAUUGAAAUCAAAUCAGUCGAAGAAGCCAUCGAAGCAUUCCAAACUGGCCAGAAACGCAAACGCAUGGGACACACUGUACUUAAUGCAGAAUCCAGCCGUAGUCAUUCGGUAUUCAAUGUUAGAUUGGUGCAGGCACCCACAGAUAGUCAAGGUGAGACUGUGAUCCAGGACAAGCGAACAAUCACCGUUAGUCAGCUGUCGUUGGUCGAUUUGGCUGGAAGCGAGCGAUCGUCGCGCACAAAAAACACUGGACAACGCUUGCGCGAGGCAGGAAACAUUAAUAAUUCCCUCAUGACUCUAAGGACAUGCUUAGAAUACUUGAGAGAGAAUCAAACAACCUCAAAUCAGAAGAAGAUUCCUUACAGAGAUUCCAAGAUAACACAUUUAUUUAAGAAUUACUUUGAUGGUGAGGGUCAGGUUUCUAUGAUUGUUUGUGUAAAUCCAAGAGCAGAAGAUUUUGAUGAGAAUUCACAAGUAAUGAAAUUCGCUGAAAUGACACAAGAAGUACAAAUAGCCAGAGCUACUCCGAUGAAACCAGAUUAUGGACUAACACCUGGUCGUAGAAAGGCUAAUAAAAUCUUUAAGAUUGCUGUGAAUAAUCUGAAUGAUUUGGGCCAUACUGAUGCCAAGAAAUUAGAUGUUGAUCUUGGUCUUGUUUAUACACUUGGACCAGGUUUCCCAGAUUAUAAAAUUGAUAGUCCUGAAGGUGAUUCAGCUAUACAAGAACUAAUGCAGUAUUUAAUGCAUCGAAUUGAGAAGAGAAAGAUUUUAUGUGCUGAUUUGGAGAAUCGAUGUGAUAACUUCCGAAUGAAUUUGGUCCAAGUUGAAAAAGAGAAUCUCUGCUUAAAAACUGAAUUAGCAUCUAUCAAAGCUGUCUACAAUAGCGAACGUGAACGCAUUGUAGCACUCGAAAAUAAACUUCGUGUUCACGAAAGUUCCAUCGAUAUUCUUAACAAUAAAUUAAGUAAUCGCGAACGUCAACUCGAUGAAUUACAAAGAAAACUCUCUGAAAAUCAAAAUCUUCUCUCACAAAAAGAACAAGAAAAAGAAAAACAAAAGAAAAAAUUCAAUUCCAAAAUGGCCGUUGAAGCGGAUAAAAAAAAUCGUGAAUUAGAAAUAAAAUUACGCGAACAACGACAAAAGCUACAAGAAAGGAUGCGUAUAAAGGAUGAGAAACUGCGAUUGGUAUCGAAUAUUAUCAAAUCCGAUGACAUUCCUGGCCUGAAACGAUCACAAAGUUCAGAGAAUUUAAGUGAAAUUAAUUCAGCAGCAACAACAGCAGUGCCAUCAUUGCGUUCUCAUGCUCAAACAACAACAAUACAUUCGACAGCUAGAACUGUCGAAAUUAAUGGAACUCCAAGGACUGUUAGGGGCGUUCCAGUUGCUAACAAUCGUCAUCGUCGAUCCCGUUCGGCUGGUGAAAAAUGGUUAGAACACAGGGCAGCCAAUCCAGUGCCUCUGGGCACAAUCCUGCAACCGUACUUACCAAAUCGGAAAUCAAUAAAUAAAUUGCCCGAUGUGAAAGAUCUCACUGGCAAACAGACAAAAUACUGUCUUGUGUCGCAACAAGCCGAUACCGAUGGCGAAGUUGAAACGAAACUCUACAAAGGUAAUGUGAUUCCAACUUGUGCUGGAGGGGCGCAAGUUGUCUUUGACGACGUGGAAUGUCUAAAACAAAAAUCACCGAUAGCAUCGCCUCAUAGGAAGAGACCAAGCAAUCCGGCCGAGACUAGUAUGCAACCACAUGAGGUUUCUUCGAGAUGCACAGUUGGCAUUGAGGGGCACACCAGUAAGCGAUCCAAGAUAUGAGAUGUUAAUCCUAUACAAUUCCCUAUAAUUUAUUCAAUUCCUAUUAUAUCUUUUGCCUCUGAUCUGUACUGCAAAUUGGCGUCGUAUCAUGUAAUCGGAAAUGCAGUGUUUUAAGAUGGAACCUAUAAAGAUUCAACGGACUAAUAAUAAUUUUUUUCUUUAUUUCUCUGUUUUUUACUAACUUAAUUAAAAGUAAUUAAUACUUAUGUUUUCAUUCAAUUUAUUUUUUAUAAUGAAUUAAAUAUGUUUAUAAUUAUAAGAACCACAUGACCUGAAUUAUUAAAAAAAAAGAGUUUACGUUGAAA